CUCACGUUGUACCGUUUAUCCCGGUCAAAAGGGACAUUUACACAUUCCUGGGUGGAAAUUAGGUUUACUGUUUGGAAAAUAUGGUCCAGUUUCUACCAGGGCCUGCGCCGUGUGUGUGUGUGGUCGUGCACUCUUGUUCUCCUUGCCAUUGAGAUGUGAAUUACAGAAAGGCUAUUUGAUAGUAGGAUAUUUAGAUAUGGUUAGGCUGGACACUUUACAACAAUGUUUUUUUUCUGAUAACUAGUUCAUUGCAUCUGCCGUGGAGCCCAGUUUCAUAAAAUUGCAAUAUGUCCCAGCUGCUUGGUGUAGUUUUGAAGUAGCUGCGGAAAAACUACUUGUUUUAUGCAUUAUUCAAACUGCCAGCUCCCUUAGUUGUAUUGAACUCCCGUGGAACCAACUGCCUUCAGAACGCUCUUUUCCCAGGUCAUUGUUCUCUCGUAGGAUUACUUCAUCUAACGUAUCAUUAACAAGGUCACAGCUACUUGAUGCGCAAACUCAUUGUUCACCUUGUGUUGACCAACAUAUCUAUCAUGGCUGGCGCAAAGUGUUAAAACGCAGGAUGUCGUUCCCAUGGACUUUUUCCUCUCCUCCGUUCCACUACAUGCUGCGUGCGUCUGGGCAGAGUGAGGUAUGGAGCGACGCACGGCCGGAGGACAAGUUCCAUCAGUAUGGCUGGCGCUGCGGAACCAGCGAGGACGGAUAUGGUACCAGGACUCUGAUCGGUAACUGGGUCGAACAACAAAAAGACAUCACUCAAUACCGGAAAGCCAGACCCCUUCCUUCACAGGUCAGACCCCUUCCUUCACAGGUCAGACCCCAACCUUCACAGUUCUCUCACUACUUUGACUCCACCUACUCCUCCUCAUUUAACCGUGAAGAGAAGAGACCCAUCUACAGCUUGAGGAAGGAGUCCAAGAGUUUCCCGGGCCAGCAGCUGGAGUUAGACCUCCCCCAAGAGGGACUACACCAACACCAGUCACACACACACCACACCCCCCCCCGUCUGGGACUGUGACGCUGCAGGAUGCCAGGGGACAGCAGGAGAACACAGCGAGCAGAGCAGCAUCCUUUUGACCCCUCAAUAAAUACUGAUAAGAGUG